GUGGAAAAAUGUCAAAAUGGCUAUCCUCGCCCUUGUUUAUAAACUGAAUUUCACUAAAGAAACGUAGUUAAAAAUCGAAUAACGAUUCACAGGGAGUGUUACAGCCAAUAAUGUUGCACAAUACUGGGUCUUACGGGCCUAACGAAGCGCCGGUGAACAUGGGAGCGCCUGUAAAUGUGUCCCAAUUGGGUGCUCCGUUGAAUGUUGCCCAAAACUUGAGUAAUUUGGGUAAAACGCCACAGCAUCCUCCCCAGGCAGCGGGAGGGCACUUCAGCCUACCCAACUACGCAUCAUACAUGGCAGCAAACCCAAACAUGGGCUCACAAAUGCAUACGUUUCCUAACUAUCAGUCUUUGGGUCUCCAGUCAAGUUAUAUGCAUCACAACUCGCCUGCGUUGCCAAAUAUGAGCUGGCAGAAUGGUAUGUUGCCCAUGAACUUCAAUUUUCACAACGAGGCUGUUCAUAAUGUGUCGAAUUACACUACAAGUAGCACUAGAGCAUCAAGCAGUGUCAAUAGCUAUAAGGAGCAAAUAUACACCCCAAAAGUACCCUUAAAUGUGCCUCAGGUACCUAAUAACUUCUUCCUCAGACAUUUCGAGGACGAAAAUGACAGACAAACUUUACCAAACCAUAUCAAACCUGUAGAAAACGAUCUAAGCAGCAGUUUCAGCGAAAAACCCUUCGGGUCACUACUUAAAGACAAUCCAAGACGAAAGAAUCUAGAAAACACGGUAAGAUUAAUAGAGAAUAUACUUGUAAAUACAACCAAAAAUAGAGAAAUGCAACUAGAAAGUCAAUCAAGUUGCACCAAAAAUGUUGAAACAGAUAGUAAAAAUAUGAACACAAAAUUAAAUAAUACUGAUACACUAUCUAAAGAAUUAGAAAAAGAAAAAACUGAGGAGCGUUCAAGAGAAUCUAAAACUGACGAGGAUUCAAACAGCUCUGAUAGAAGUUCACAAAAAGAAUGUGACGUUAAAAUUGUCGAAAAUAAAGAAAUAACAAAUACGGAAAACCGUCAGGAAUUAGAAAUAAGUAUAAAGCUAGAACCAGAAGACAAUGAUGACGUAGAGGAAAUAAGAGAGGUAGAAGUUAAAAUUGAACCGAUAACAAGUUGGACGGACACAGAACACACUGCACCGUUCCAUAGGGACGUACACGGUGUGUUACAAGAGGAUAUUGGACGUGAAAAUGUCAUUGACAGCGAGAAUAGUGUGUUAGAAGCUACAAAAAUUAUUGUAAAUAAGGAGACGUCAGACAACUAUUUUGAAUGCCCGUACUGUUGUCUGAUCUUCAAACAUCCGAAGAGGUUCUUAAUACACACCAAAUGGCAUUUGUUCGGUCUCAUCAACGAACAGAGGCUCGAGUUAGCCAAAGAGAAGGAAUCAAGAAGAAACCAACGCAAAGAGACCCGCCAGAAAGGCGCAGGCGCGGCACGCAAGCCGUGGCCUUGCAAGGACUGCGACAAGGUGUUUCACGCGAAAGGAGGCCUCGAGAGCCAUCGGAAGAGGUUCCACUCAAACAGGAUACGCGAAUGCAAGAUGUGUUCCAAGUCCGUCGACGGUUGGACGGCUUGGAAGGCGCAUAUAGCGACCCAUAAGUCGGAACUUGGCUAUCAAUGUACACACUGCCCGAAACGAUUUAAAUAUUCGCACUCGCUGACGAAACACAAGGACACGCACUUGGAAAAAACCCACGCCUGUCCGGACUGCCCGAAGAUGUUUGGGUCACCAGCGCUCUUAAAGGUGCACAGUAAAUCUCACGAGCGGCUGCAGAAAGGCGCUUCGUUCCACUGCAGUUUUUGCGGGAAGGCUUUCUUCGACAAAUUCAAUUUGCAGAUUCACGAAAGGACUCACACCAACGAGCGACCUUUUAUAUGCGAGAUUUGCAACGCGUCGUUCGGUUGCAACUCGAAUCUCAGUCGGCAUAUGAAAGUGUCGCACAGUUCUACCAAGCCCUACGAGUGUUCCACUUGCCAUCGCUCCUUCACAUCCGAAGGCAUCCGCGACCGCCACGAGUUAAGGAUGCACGGAGACCCGGAGGACUUCAAAUACGCGUGCAAGCAGUGCCCUAGCAGAUACAUGAAACUCAACGAACUUAAGAAACACACAUACAAAUGUCACCCAAAGUCGAGAAGUAAGAAGAUGGCCGAUGAUGACGAUGAAGAUGACGAAGCUAAGUGAUUCUGUGCUGAUAGGUUUGUUUUACAACUUAAUAAAGGCUCCCCAACCCGUCUGGCCAGCGUGGGGAGUGUAAGCCAAGCACAUGGUGGA